CGGCAUUUCUGCGUGCGAAGGUUGAAAGGAUUCGGAUAACGAGGACGAAGAGAUUUUCGAAUGAGCAGGUGUGGCUGUCAUUCGGCCACCCCAAGGACGAAAUAAGAUCCCAAGGAAAACAGAAGCCCAACGGCUUCUACGUAUGUACUCCCUUGACCUCGCUCGUGGGUGAGAGUAUCCUUCACCUCUACUUCUGGGAGCCUUCUGCUCCUCCGCGGUUCCACAACCUUCUUCAUCCCACCAUUCCUCCAGCGGUUGGGCCUUAAUAUUUCUUGGAUUUAAUGGCUGCCUCACCGGCUUGUCUAGCUUCAAUCUGCUUGUCGUCUUGCGGCACCAAAUUUAGUGAAUCAUUUUUUGGCAAACAAUGCCCCAACUCCUUCGGUUUGCCUUCUUUGAGCAUGAAUCCUAGAUUAGGCUCUGCUAGAGCAUCUUGGGAGCCGAGACAGGAAAAUGGAAGAAGAGAAUUUUUAAGGUUGUUGUUUCAAAAUGCUGGAGUUGGUUUAUCUGCUUUCUUGAGGCCUAAAAGUGCCAAAGCUGAUGAGCAAGGUCCAUCAUCCUCACGGAUGUCAUAUUCAAGGUUCUUGGAAUAUUUGGACAAGGAUAGAGUGCAAAAAGUGGACGUCUUUGAGAAUGGUACUAUUGCAAUUGUUGAGGCCGUUUCCCCUGAGUUGGGUAAUAGAGUGCAACGGGUGAGAGUACAACUGCCUGGGCUAAGUCAAGAGCUGCUUCAGAAGUUGAGGGAGAAAAAUGUCGACUUUGCUGCUCAUAAUGCUCAGGAAGAUUCAGGUUCCCUCCUGUUCAAUCUAGUUGGAAGCCUAGCAUUCCCUCUGAUAUUGAUUGGAGGGCUGUUUCUUCUAUCAAGACGGUCCUCUGGAGGAAUGGGUGGGCCAGGAGGUCCUGGUUUCCCACUUGGCAUUGGCCAAUCAAAGGCUAAGUUCCAAAUGGAACCAAAUACUGGUGUUACCUUUGAUGAUGUUGCUGGUGUAGAUGAAGCUAAGCAGGAUUUUGUGGAGGUAGUGGAGUUUCUGAAGAAACCAGAAAGAUUCACUGCUGUCGGAGCACGGAUUCCUAAAGGUGUCCUUCUCAUUGGCCCACCUGGGACUGGGAAAACUUUACUUGCCAAGGCAAUUGCUGGGGAAGCAGGAGUCCCAUUCUUUUCUAUUUCAGGAUCCGAAUUUGUAGAGAUGUUUGUAGGUGUUGGUGCUUCACGAGUUCGUGACCUUUUCAAGAAAGCAAAGGAGAAUGCCCCUUGCAUAGUCUUUGUUGAUGAGAUUGAUGCUGUUGGCAGACAGAGGGGGGCAGGAAUUGGAGGGGGAAAUGAUGAAAGAGAGCAAACACUUAAUCAACUUUUGACAGAAAUGGAUGGUUUUGAAGGCAACACUGGAAUCAUAGUAAUUGCAGCAACUAACCGUGCAGAUAUCCUUGAUUCAGCUUUAUUGAGACCAGGACGUUUUGACAGACAGGUUACUGUGGACGUUCCUGAUGUCCGUGGGAGGACCGAGAUAUUGAAAGUACAUGCUAGUAACAAAAAGUUCAACCCUGAAGUUUCACUUGAUGUGGUAGCCAUGAGAACACCCGGUUUCAGUGGGGCAGACCUUGCAAACCUUUUGAAUGAAGCUGCUAUACUUGCUGGUCGGCGUGGGAAGACAGCUAUUUCUUCCAAGGAGGUUGAUGAUUCAAUAGAUAGGAUAGUUGCUGGUAUGGAAGGGACAGUCAUGACCGAUGGCAAAAGCAAAAGCCUUGUGGCAUACCAUGAAGUCGGGCAUGCGAUUUGUGGGACUUUAACCCCUGGGCAUGAUGCUGUACAAAAGGUCACUCUUGUUCCAAGGGGUCAAGCUCGUGGACUUACUUGGUUCAUACCUGCUGAUGAUCCAAUACUGAUAUCUAAGCAGCAACUCUUUGCAAGAAUCGUUGGUGGUCUUGGCGGCAGAGCUGCCGAGGAAGUGAUUUUUGGUGAGGCUGAGGUGACCACAGGUGCUGCUGGUGAUUUACAGCAAAUCACUAGCCUGGCCAAGCAGAUGGUAACUACGUUUGGGAUGUCUGAGAUUGGUCCAUGGUCUCUAAUGGACUCUUCUGCACAAAGUGCGGAUGUCAUCAUGAGAAUGAUGGCAAGGAAUUCAAUGUCUGAAAAACUCGCUGAAGAUAUAGAUGCAGCUGUUAAGAGGAUAUCAGAUAGUGCAUAUGAAAUGGCAUUGAGCCAUAUAAGGAACAACCGCGAAGCAAUUGACAAAAUUGUGGAUGUACUUCUUGAGAAGGAGACACUGACAGGUGAUGAGUUCAGGGCCAUACUUUCCGAGUUUGUGGAAAUCCCUGCUGAGAACAGGGUAACUCCAUCCCUCUCUGCCGCUGCCUCUGCUUAGUAAAGCCAUAGUACUCUUCUUCAGCAUGUAAAGCAUUUCCAUUUCCCUGCAGUUUGUACACACAAAUCCUGUAAUUGAUGUCGGAAGUAAAUUCAUCAAGCCACGUAAAUUUUGCUC